AUAUGGCCGAUGUUUUGUUUGCGGGCUGAAGAUGGUUAUGGUCGCGGUCCGUCUGUAGAGUUCGCGCGGAAGAUGUUCACCAGGUAGUGCGGUUCAGCGGUCAAGCCAGUGCGCCGGGAGGCUCGCCAGUGCAGCGCUCGAGCUGCCCUUGUUUUCGGAGUAGGACGGAGAAAGUGUGGUUAUAGCGAUGAACGCGACGAGCCUCUACGUCUCGACCUGUCGGCUCAUCCUGCAGGCCGACAGCGAGGAUCCGAACUCGUGGACGGAUCUCUACCGGCUGGUGCCCUACUUGCGCCAGAGUCUCAGCUGCACCGUCUGCUCGAACCUGCUGAUCGAGCCGCACACGCCCACCGAGACCAACUGCCAGCACCAUGUGUGCCGGGCCUGUCGCGGGGGCCGCAAAAAGCUCAAGCCGUCCUGCGGCUGGUGCAAGGACUACGACAAGUACGUCGAGAACGUACAGCUGAGGAUACUGCUACAGUGCUAUAAGAAGCUCUGCGAGUACCUCACCAGCACCGGUAUCUAUCGCGGCCUCGUCCUCGCCGUUUCCAGUAACAACACGACCAACGGUAUGCCCUGCCUCGGCGCCAGCUGCCUCACCGAGCUCAUCAAGGAGGGCGCCGGAUUCAAGGACGAGUUCAAGAGUAACGCCGGCCUCUCCAGGUCCGCCUACUCCAUUCUACCCUGUGUCUACACUACCAGCACAACGUCUACUCAGACCGGCAGCUCCAAUCCUACCAACGUAGCUGCAACCUCUGCUACCUCUACGCCUACCAUUGCAGCAGCUGCUGGCACCGCUGCUGACCCCCUGGCCCCCCAGGACAACCCACCUGCUGCAAUCAAGACCGUCUCUAAUGGCUCAUCUAUCUACUCUGUGAUGUACGCUGGCUCUGGCAACAAAAUUACCAUUAAGAGGAAGGCUGCCACUUCCACUGCCGACGACCUGGAGGCUGUUGUGCAGCCCGAGCUGGACUUGCAGCAAUCACAGCAGCAAGUCGGCGUUGUCAAGUGCAUUCCUGCUUCUCAACUUACAUACAAUCAAUGUCAGCCCAAGAAACCUUCCAAAAGUAGCAAGAAACCAAGGUCCAGUUCAACUAGGAGCAAGAGGAAAGGAUGUCGAUGCGGAAACGCUACUGCCAUACCUGGAAAGUUGACUUGUUGUGGACAGAGGUGUCCCUGCUAUGUUGAAAGCAAACCCUGCCUUGAGUGUAGAUGUCGAGGGUGCAGGAAUCCUCAUACGAGAGACGGAUACAAGAUUCGUCCUCACAUACCGGAACUACACAACUUGCAAUUGCAAUUGUCUAGUCCCCUGGACUGCGACGGUUUAUCCGCGGAUCCGCUGGGAUCUGUGCAACAGUGUCUUUCGGUUUCGCCGCCCACGAUUCAGGUUCUCAACGUUUACUCAACGCCGAGGCUGGAGAUCGACAGUGUGUCGCAAAACUUGCCGGCCGCGCUUCUCGUUGGCGAGGAUGCGAUGGCCAGUACGGAGAGCGAAGCCGAGGACAGUGAUAUACAGAUUGAUGUGUGACGACGAAUGUAAGUGCGAUUGCAUGACCUGUGAAAAGUGAUUUGUAUAUGAAAACAGACGCUCGCCAAAUAACGUUUGACCAUUACUGACUUGCGCGACUCGACGGAUCAAUAUCUUUCUCAUAGAAUUGUGUAAAAAACUAGGUUUUUUGUUUUUACAAUUUUUUUUAUGUUCAAACUCCUGCCAAUCUUUGUUGACAUAGUUGGCUUCAUACUGCGCUGAAUGUCUCUGAAAGAGCAAUGCAACUGUGAGUACUGUUCCCAGUCAUUUGUAUGAAACAGUAGGCCUUCUUAUGGAUGGUCUCAUAUAGAUUGUGAAAGGAAGAGAGAGUUCAGAUAUGUUGAUUGCAUUUUAUUAAAAAUCACACAGAUUGAACCUUUCUAACGCUGUAAAUGAGCUUCUUUAUAAAUGUAGCAAUGUAUUCAUUGGGAAAAAUAAGAAAGAUCUGUAGUUUAUGAUUUUUUUUAACGUUGGAUAUGAAAACAAAAAAUAUUGAACGAUGUUUUAGAUUUUUUGUUAUACUAACGAUCAUAAUGACGAAAUUUAUUUUUGCCUAAUAUUCAUUUAGGCAAUACUGUACAUAUGGUUAAAAUGACGAAAUCUUAUUUUAUUGAGAAUGUAUAAAUGCUAUCUUAUCAAAGACUUUUAAAAUAUAUUUUAAGGUUUAGAUCGUUAAGAAUUAUAUCGUAGACACGAGUUGAAUAAAAACGACGUCGGAUUACGAGUUGCAACUCCACACCCUGACUGGUUGAGGUAAUUUGAGAACAUUAACUACUCUCGAGAGAUCUAGUACAAAAUUAAGUUAAUCUAUGUGUAGAGCAUUCAAAUGGAACACAUGAUAAAAAAAAAGAAAAGGACUUUGUUGACAUAAUUUGUUACUUCGUGUAAUCUGUGUUUACGAAUGUCUUUGGAUAUAAAUUGAACAGAAUAAAGCUAUUUUACAUACCGAUUGUUUUUAUAUUGCAUACAGGUAAAAAAUAGGCUGAUUUGCUAAUUUGCAAAGCAAAUUAAUUCGGGGAAACUGUUGCGACAACAAUAAUAGAACAAUACAGAUUUAAUUUUUACUGAUAUUUUUAUUACAAUUAAAACGUGAUCAGUCAUUUUAUAAACGAUACAACCGCUUGAACCCAACAACUCAAAUAUUGCGUUACGCUGAUUGAAGAUAAAUUCGCUGCGUAAAAACGAUUUUUUUUUUUAUAGAAUUCAUUAGGUUGACAGAUUACAAUUUGAUAGAUUGUACGCAAUAAUGCGUGUAUAAAAUUAUUUUUUUCUCUGAAUAUUGUUCGAACUAGACAGUCUUUUUAUUUUACUAUCGAAUGACAAUGUUAAUCUCGAAAACCUCUUGUACAUGUACGGACAUUUUGCGAGUAAUGAAUAUGUAUAACUCACUGACUGAUACUUGUGUAUUGCUUUUUAUGAUCAAGCUAAAUAAUUUUUGCUGUACGAGCAAGUACUUGCAUAGCGUGUCCAAUAAACUUGGAAAAUACAGAUUAUCUUCUUCGUCAACACAUUGAAAUAGCCUCUCAAUGAGAGAUGCUUCAUUCAUUUCAAGAAAUGGCCGUGCAUGAAAUCCAAAUCUUAUGAAGUCUAGAACAAAAAUUAACCUUGAUGAUUUUUUAAUAAAAAAAUUUAAUGUUAA